GUGUUUCAUCAUCUGAUGUCACUCUCUCUCAUCACAGCAGCGUACCCUGCUGCCUAUGGAUUGGUCGGCCAGCAUUUUCCACAGCAACCUACCCUGGUUGCCCAGCAACARCAGCAGCCCCAGCAACAGCAGCAGCGAGAAGGGCCGGAGGGUUGUAAUAUCUUCAUUUACCACCUGCCUCAGGAGUUCAGUGACAGUGAGAUGCUCCAGAUGUUUCUGCCCUUUGGAAACGUCAUCUCAGCUAAAGUCUUUGUAGACCGCGCCACCAACCAGAGCAAGUGCUUCGGUUUUGUGAGUUUUGACAACCCAUCCAGUGCCCAGACUGCCAUCCAGGCUAUGAAUGGGUUCCAGAUCGGCAUGAAGAGACUCAAGGUGCAGCUGAAACGACCUAAAGACGCCAACCGCCCCUACUGAAGGAGAGAGAGAGAGAGAGYGGUGAAGUUUUCAGACUCCGGCCGUGGUGGAAUCCCAGCGUGCAUUGCACUCAGACCUACUACCUUUCUUUUGAGCGACGGGGAACAGGCAAACACACACACACACCACACACACACACGCACACACACAUUGCACUCUAAAAGGACCAAGCACAGAUAUUGACCAAUGUACAUAUUAUAGUCCUCACACACACAACACUCACAUACUUU